UCUAUAGCCAGCCACAGGCGCGUAUAGCCUAUACUAUAGGGUCCCGCUGUGUGCUGGACAGGACCAUUUGUGUAGUCACGCUGCCUUGUUUAGGAGCCACACAGCAGAAACACGGCGCUAAAAUACAUUUUAAAAAAUAUAUAUUAUAUAUAAACUUUUGCAACUGGAUUUAAUAAGCUAGGUUUGAAUUAAAUACCAUAACUGAAAACAAACAACUUGUUGUGUGUCUUUGCUUUGGAUUGUGGAAAAUUUAGUGAAAAAAGGACCUAAACGACUUGACAUGAAGACAUGAUGCACAUUUCUCUUGCUUGGGGGUUUAAUAAUGUUUCGUUGCGUUUGUGUUGAGAAUUUUAAUCGCCAGAAUAAUUACUCGACAUAAACCGACGUGCUUCGGCAGAAUUCAGUUCAAUUCAGUACAGUUAAUGGGGGGAAAAAUAUGUUUGGAGGAAAAAAAACAAAACAAAAUGCUUGUUAAAAUCCGAUACAAACAUUCCUAAAACUGAUUGUGUGUCGCUUUAGUUAAAAAUCAAAUGAAACAUCCAUCUAGGCUAUAUAGAUGGAAUCUACAAACCGUUUGGAAUAAAUUGGAAAGUUAUUACGAUUAUGCCAUACUGGUUAUAUGGUGGCGUUUUUUUUCAAUACAGAUAGCUCUGAAGUUUAACAUACCAUACAAAGUAGUUCUAUUAGCUUUUUAUUCACGCCGACAGAAAGAAGAUCUCAGAUAAAAAUCACCCCCCACCACCGACUCCUCUGUUCUACGGAGCAGGCUUCGCUCGUCUGCCGAGUUGGUGGAUCUGAAAUCCCGCAGAAGCGCUCAGAGACUCGCCGACGCGCUACGAGCACUACAUUCCCUCUACUAAUCCAAGGGGACCGAGGCAGUGCAACAUGUCUCCAGCGUGCCGGACACAUGCUGCUGGUUUCGCCCGGCUCUGGGCAGUGUUUGGGUAUUCUGCCGGGCUGAAGUCGAUUACGAGCUGGAUUCUAUGGUUUUCCUUACUGUUCUCCACCACAAGCGCUCAAGAUGACGUGCCUCCCUAUUUCAAGACGGAGCCUGUGCGCUCUCAGCUGCACCUGGAGAGAAACAGGCUGGUCCUCACCUGCAUGGCAGAGGGCAGCUGGCCACUGGAGUUCAAGUGGAUCCACAACAACACAGAGAUCACCCGCUUCUCCCUGGAGUACAGGUAUAUGAUCCCCUCGCUGGACCGCGCACACGCCGGUUUCUACCGAUGCAUCGUACGAAACCGCGUGGGCGCCCUCAUGCAGAGGAGGACUGAAGUGCAGGUGGCUUACAUGGGCAACUUUGAGGAUGGGGAGCGAUCACAGAGCGUGUCCCAGGGGGAGGGUGCAGUCAUCCCCGCCCCGCGGAUACACAGCCUCCCCCAACCGCAGGUCACCUGGUUCCGGGACGGACGCAAGAUACCGCCCAGCAGCCGCAUAGCAAUCACGCUGGACAACACGCUGGUCAUCCUGUCCACAGUGGCUCCGGACGCCGGACGCUAUUACGUGCAAGCGGUCAAUGACAAGAACGGAGAGAACAAGACGAGCCAGCCAAUCACGCUCUCCGUUGAGAACGUGGGCGGCCCCGCUGAUCCCAUCGCCCCCACCAUCAUCAUUCCCCCCCGCAACACCAGCGUGGCCUCGGGGACCUCAGAGGUGACCAUGGAGUGCGUCGCCAACGCCAGGCCCCUUAUCAAGCUGAGUAUCGCAUGGCGGAAGGAUGGAGUCCUGGUGACCAGUGGUCUGAGUGACUUUAACCGCCGGCUGACCAUCCUGAGCCCAACAGUGCACCAGUCUGGACGCUACGAGUGCGAGGCUGUCCUGCGCAGCAGCAGCGUGCCCUCGGUCAGCGCCGGAGCCUACCUCCACGUUCUAGAGCCGCCCCAGUUUGUGAAGGAGCCUGAGAGACACAUCACUGCUGAGAUGGAGAAGGUGGUGGACAUCCCCUGCCAGGCCCGAGGUGUGCCGAAACCAGAGAUCCUCUGGUUCAAGGACGCGGUCCCUAUCAGCUCAUUGAAGAUUCCUCGAUACCGCGUGUUGCCGGGCGGCACUCUGCAGGUGAACGGGCUCCUGCCUGACGACACCGGAAUGUUCCAGUGCUUCGCGCGUAACCAGGCCGGAGAAGUGCAGACCAACACCUACCUCGCCGUCACCAGCAUCUCCCCAAACAUCACGACGGGCCCUGCUGACAGCACAGUGAUCGAUGGCAUGUCAGUGAUCCUGCACUGUGAGACCUCGGGAGCACCCCGGCCAGCCAUCACCUGGCAGAAAGGAGAGAGGAUCCUGGCCAGCGGUUCAGUCCAGCUCCCCCGCUUCACUCUGCUGGAGUCGGGCAGUCUGCUCAUCAGCCCCUCCCACAUCUCCGAUGCUGGCACCUACAGCUGCCUAGCAACCAACUCGAGAGGCAUCGACGAGGCGAACGCUGACCUCAUCGUCUGGGCACGAACCCGGAUCACGAGCCCCCCCCAGGACCAGAGUGUCAUCAAGGGAACCAAAGCCACGAUGGCGUGCGGAGUGACCCAUGACCCCAGCGUCACUGUCAGGUACGUGUGGGAGAAGGAAGGUUCAUUGAUCCACGCCAACUCCAUUCCACGCGUCCGCCUGGACCCCAAUGGGACCCUGCACAUCUCCCAGACCUGGUCUGGAGACAUCGGCACCUACACCUGCCACGUCACCUCCGUGGGAGGCAACGACUCCCGCAGUGCACACCUCCGAGUCAGGCAGCUCCCUCACGCUCCUGAGAACCCUGUAGCAGUGCUGAGUUCGGUGGAGCGGAGAGCCAUCAAUCUGACCUGGGCCAAGCCCUUUGACGGGAACAGCCCCCUCAUCCGCUACAUCCUGGAGGUGUCUGAGAACAACGCUCCCUGGGCAGUGCUGCUGGCCAGUAUCGAACCCGAGUCCUCUGCAGUAACGGUCAGCGGCCUCAUCCCGGCCCGCUCGUACCAGUUCAGGAUCUGUGCGGUCAACGACGUGGGGAAGGGUCAGUUCAGCAAGGAGACUGACAGACUGUCCCUCCCGGAGGAGCCCCCCAGCGCCCCCCCGCAGAACGUCAUCGCCAGCGGACGCACCAACCAGUCCAUCAUGAUCCAGUGGCAGCCGCCGGCCGAGAGCCACCAGAACGGCAUUAUCCGUGGAUACGUGAUACGGUACUGUCUGUCUGGGUUGCCGGUGGGCUAUCAGUAUAAGAACAUCACCAACCCUGAUGUGAACAAUCUGCUGCUGGAGGAUCUGAUCAUCUGGACCAACUAUGAGAUUGAGGUUGCAGCCUACAACGAGGCUGGGCUGGGGGUCCACAGCCACACUGUGACUGAGUGGACCCUGCAGGGAGUGCCCACAGUGGCCCCGGGGAAUGUCCACGCCGAGGCUGUGAAUUCCACCACCAUCCGCUUCAGCUGGACCGCGCCCAACCCGCAGUUCAUCAACGGUAUCAACCAGGGCUACAAGCUGCUGGCCUGGGAGCAGAGGGAUGGUGAAGCUCUGGCCACUGUGACGGUGACCACCCACCCAACGCUGUUGGCAUGGGAACCGGGUCAGGAGGAGGAGGUUACCGUGGUGACAGUGAGGCCUAACUUCCAGGACAGCAUCCACGUGGGGUACAUCAAAGGGCUGAAGAAGUUCACCGAGUAUUCCACCUCCGUGCUGUGCUUCACCACUCCGGGGGACGGGCCUCGCAGCACUGCCCAGGUCCUGCGCACGCACGAGGACAUCCCAGGUCCUGUCGGUCACCUGAGCUUCACUGAGAUUCUGGACACUUCUCUGAAAGUGAGCUGGAGGGAGCCACUGGAGAAGAACGGCAUCCUCACAGGGUAUCGCAUCUCCUGGGAGGAGUUCAACCGCACCAACACGCGCGUGACACACUACCUGCCCAACGUGACGCUGCAGUACCGCGUGACGGGCCUCACCGCCCUCACCACCUACACCAUCGAGGUGGCAGCCAUGACCUCCCAGGGCCAGGGGCAGCUCUCCUCCUCCACUAUCUCCUCAGGGGUCCCUCCGGAGCUGCCGGGCCCCCCCACCAACAUGGCAAUCUCCAACAUCGCCCCCCGCUCGGUCACCCUGCAGUUCAAACCGGGCUACGACGGCAAGACCUCUAUCUCCAGGUGGCUGGUGGAAGCUCAGAUCGGUGUCAUCGGUGAGAAUGAAGAAUGGGUCUUGCUGCACCAGCUUCCCAAUGAGCCGGACGCCCGCUCCCUCGAGGUGCCGAACCUCAACCCGUACACCUUCUACAGGUUUCGAAUGCGGCAGGUCAACAUCGUGGGCACUAGCCCCUCCAGCCAGCCCUCCCGCAAGAUCCAGACCCUGCAGGCUCCCCCUGACAUAGCCCCCGCCAACGUGACCCUGCGCACGGCCAGCGAGACCAGCCUCUGGCUCCGAUGGGUGCCCCUGUCGGAGUGGGAGUACAACGGGAACCCCGAGUUUGUUGGGUACCGGGUGCAGUACUCCCGCGCAGGGACCGAGGGCCGAGCGCUGACCCACGGGAUCCCAGACCGGCUGGAGAGGGAGUUCACCAUCGAGGACCUGGAGGAGUGGGCGGAGUAUGAGGUGCGCGUGCAGGCAGUCAACGGCAUUGGAGCGGGGCCCUGGAGCCGGCCAGUCCGGGGCCGCACGCGGGAGUCUGUUCCCUCCUCUGGCCCCACCAACAUCUCUGCCUUCGCCACCACCUCCAGCAGCAUCCUGGUUCGGUGGUCUGAGGUCCCGGAACCCGACAGGAAUGGACUCGUUCUCGGAUACAAGGUUGUGUACAAGGAGAAGGACUCUGACUCAGCUCUGCGGUUCUGGACAGCCGAGGGGAACACCACCCACAGCCUCCUGCUCAGCGACCUGGGGAAGUACGUCCUGUACGAGAUCAAGGUGCUGGCGUUCACGCGGAUCGGAGACGGGGUACCCAGCAACCCGCCCAUACUGGAGAGGACCCUGGACGACGUGCCCGGCCCCCCAGUGGGGAUUCUGUUCCCCGAGGUCCGGACCACCUCUGUGAGGCUCAUCUGGCAGUCCCCUGCCCAGCCCAACGGCAUCAUCCUGGCCUACCAGAUAACUUACCGGCUAAAUUCAACCAAUAGCAACACAGCAACAGUGGAUGUGCUGAACCCCAGUGCGCGGCAGUACACAGCGACCGGGCUCAAACCAGAGCUGGUGUACGUGUUCCGCAUCACAGCUCAGACGCGGAAAGGCUGGGGGGAGGCGGCUGAGGCACUGGUGGUCACCACUGAGAAGAGAGACCGGCCCCAGCCCACCAGCUUGCCCACAGUCAGACAGGAGGACGUGCAGGCCCGAAAGGUGCUGUUGUUAUGGGAACCAGGCAGCGACGGCCUCUCCCCGGUCCGCUACUACACCGUCCAGUACCGAGAGCUGCCGGACAGCAACUGGACCGUCCACUCUGCCUCGGUUAACCAUGAGGCCAGCUCUUACAUCGUGGACAGGCUGAAGCCCUUCACUUCAUAUCAGUUCCGGGUGAAAUCGACCAAUGACAUCGGAGACAGCGAGUUCAGCGAGGAGAGCGAGGCAAUCACCACGCUACAGGACGCCCCAGACGAAGCCCCAGUAAUACUGUCUGUGACACCGCACACUACAACCUCCGUGCUGAUUCGCUGGCAGCCUCCCUCGGAGGAGCACGUCAACGGGAUCCUGCUGGGGUUCCUGAUCCGAUACCGUGAGCUGCUGUAUGACGGCCUGCGCAGCUUCACCGUGAGGACGGUGAACAGCCCCACCGCGACCUGGACGGAGCUGACCUCCCCUUACAGUGUGCGGAACCUGACUGAAUCCUCACUCACACAAUACGAGCUGGACAACCUGAGCAAACACAAGCGCUACGAGAUCCGACUGAGCGUGUACAACGCCGUGGGGGAGGGGCCGACCAGCGCACCGCAGGAAGUCUUCGUGGGAGAGGCGGUUCCCACUGGUCCACCGCAGAAUGUGGCCAUCCAAUCAGCGACCGCGACCCAGCUUGACGUCACCUGGGAUCCGCCCCCUGUUGAGGCGCAGAAUGGAGAUAUCCAGGGGUACAAGAUCUUCUACUGGGAGUUCCAGCGGCAGAACGAGACAGAGCGCCUGCGGACCCUCUUCCUGCCGGAGGGCGGGGUGAAGCUGAAGAACCUGACGGGGUACACCACCUACAUGAUCAGCGUGGGCGCCUUCAACGCGGCAGGGGACGGCCCGCGCAGCCCGGCCACACGGGGGCGCACUCAGCAAGCAGCUCCCAGUGCUUCCAGUUUCAUCCACUUCGGAGAGCUCACCACCACCUCAGUCAAUGUGUCCUGGGGGGAGCCUGUCUACCCCAACGGCAUCAUCGAGGGCUAUCGGCUCAUCUACGAACCCUGCACCCCCGUCGAUGGAGUCAGUAAGAUUGUGACGGUGGAUGUCAAGGGGAACUCUCCCCGGUGGAUGAAGAUCAAGGACCUGGCGGACGGGGUGACCUACAACUUCCGCAUCCGGGCCAAGACCUUCGCAUACGGACCGGAGGUGGAGGCCAACAUCACCACUGGACCAGGAGAGGGUGCCCCUGGCCCUCCCGGGGAUCCCUUCAUCUCUCGCUACGGCUCGGCUCUCACUAUCCACUGGGCGAGCGGAGACCCCGGAAGAGGCCCCAUCAGCCGCUACGUCAUCGAGGCCAGACCCUCAGAUGAGGGACUGUGGGAUAUCCUGAUCAAGGACAUCCCGAAGGAAGUGACAUCAUACACCUUCAGCAUGGAUAUCCUGAAGCAGGGGGUGAGCUACGACUUCAGGGUCAUCGGGGUCAACGACUACGGCUAUGGCUCCCCCAGCGCCCCCUCCCCCUCCAUCUCCGCCCAGAAGGUGGCGCCCUUCUAUGAGGAGUGGUGGUUCCUGGUGGUGGUGGCUCUGGUGGGGCUCAUCUUUAUCCUGCUGCUCGUAUUCAUCCUGAUCAUUCGUGGGCAGAGCAAGAAGUACGCCAAGAAAUCGGACUCAGGGAAUAACUCGAACUGCAACGCCCUGAGUCACGGAGAGAUGGUGAGUCUGGAUGAGGGACGGUUCCCAGCACUGGAGCUCAACAACCGGAAGCUGUCUGUGAAGAACUCCUUCUGUCGCAAGAACGGAGUCUACACCAGGUCUCCUCCUCGGCCCAGCCCUGGCAGCCUGCACUACUCGGACGAGGACGUCAGUACCAAAUACAAUGAUCUGAUCCCAGCGGAGAGCAGCAGCUUGACAGAGAAACCCUCGGAGAUCUCAGAGUCUCAGGAGGCGCUGUUCUAUGUAAAGAAUGCUGGUCUCCGUGUUCUUCCACUACACUGGGGCAGCGACAGUGAGUAUGAGGUGGAUCAAGACAGACCGAAGGCGCAUUCCUUCGUGAAUCACUACAUCAGCGACCCCACCUACUACAACUCCUGGCGCCGCCAGCAGAAGGGCAUCUCCCGAGUGCAGGCCUACAGCUACACAGAGAGCGAUUCUGGGGAGCCUGAGCCCUCCGCCCUUCCUCCACCCCUCCCCCCACUGCCUCCCCUCCCCCCGCAGCUCAACAGUGUCCCCAAGGGCCAGGGGCAGGGCAGUCUGUACAGACCCAAGGGCAGCCGGACUCCCACCCCCCAGCAGCAGCCCUCCAACCCCCCCAGCCAGAACAGCACCCUCUACAGGCCACCCAGCAGCCUUGCGCCUGGAUCCAGGGCACCCAUUGCCGGAUUCUCAUCCUUUGUUUGAUGGCCUUUUGAUUUUUAUUAUGAAAUCAUUUUCCAGUAUUUUUUUUUUUUAAUGAUGGCAAGAAACCCCCUUUUUUCUCUCUUGCGUGUGCGAGUGUGUGUGCGUGUGCAUGCGUGUGUUUUUGAAAGACAAUCAUUUAAAAAUUGAAAGCAUCUAUCUAUAAUAUUUUUCGGCUGUUCGGAUGAGUUUGCAUGGUUUUUGCUUUUUUUUACAUAUAUUUUCAUUUUUAUUUUCUGUUUGUUCACACAACAAUUAAAAAUAUAUAUACAAUGUUAAAAAUACAAAGAAAGAAAGAUGGAAGAGAAGAAAGAAAGAAAGAAAGAAAGAAAGAAAGAAAGA